AUGACAGAGGAAGAAUUCGACAUACAGCACCACAAGCAAAUCACCGCCCAGCGCAACUUUGAUAAAGUCAAUUUCGGACAUUGGCAGAUCAAAACAUGGUAUUUCUCUCCGUAUCCACUGACGGAAUCGGAAGCUGAGGAGGGCGGAACGCCUCAAGCUGCGUCUAUCUUGUGGGUGUGCGAUCGUUGCUUCAAGUACAUGUCCGAAGGGGCAUCAUGGGAGCUACACGUCAAAAAAUGUACUAGACGGCAUCCUCCCGGAAGGAAGGUGUAUCAACGCGGGGCACAUACUAUAUGGGAGGUGGACGGUGCAAAGGAUAAGUUGUAUUGCCAAAAUCUAUCACUCUUCGGAAAGCUCUUCAUAGAUGUAAAAACGCUCUUUUUUGAUUGCGAUAACUUCCUAUUUUACCUCCUAACGGACGCGGAUUCGCAAAGGGACUACGUCCUUGGCUUUUUCUCAAAGGAGAAGAUAUCCUAUGAUGACUAUAACCUAGCCUGCAUCAUCGUCCUGCCCCCAUAUCAGCGCAAAGGCUAUGGGAUGCUCAUGAUCGAGUUCAGCUACGAGCUCUCCCGCCGCAGCGGCAGAAUAGGCACCCCCGAACGACCCCUCUCCGACCUCGGCCUCCGCAGCUACCUCACCUACUGGGUCUCCACCCUCAUCCGCUUCUUCCGGUACGUACCCCUCCCCCCCCCCCCUCCCCUUCCCCGCCCCGCGCCAAAAUCAGGGUGA